CCGGAUUGUUCAUCAACUGCGGAGGCCCCAACGUGACAACCCUCUGGUUCGCCGACAGCACAGCCAUCACUUGGGCCUCCGAUGCCCCUCUCAUGACCCUCGGCGCGCCCUUCACUAUCACUCCUGCUGCUGCUGCUGGCAACCGGAGCAACAGCAGCAACAGCAGCAGCAGCUCAGCGCCCUUGAUGGGCAUACGGCCGUUGGCAGGAGUGCAGCGGAACGGGAGUAGUGCAGGGAAUGGUACCAGCGGAAGGAGCAACGGCUCGAUUGUUGACAUUAUUAUCAGCACUUUCAACAGCACUGCCACCAACGGCACUGCCACCAACGGCACUGCAACCAACGGCACUGCAACCAACAGCCCCACAAGCAACAGCACCACAAGCACCAGCUCUCCACCCACCGCUGCUCCAUCCCGCACACCUUCCAGCAUACCUCUACCCUCCCCCAAGAACAACACCACCACGACACCUUCAGACACCAUCCCAAUCACCCCUCCCUCAACCCAAGCCAAAACCCUCCUCACCUUCUCCGACCCCUCUCUAGCCCUCAUGGCGCCCGUAUUCGAAUCCGCCAGGGCGUUCAACGCGCGGGACGGCCUCACUCUCUGGUACUCCCUACCUGUGCCCGAACCUGCUUACUACGUGGUGCGCCUGUACUUUGCAGAGCUGGUGAACCGAGUGCCAGGAGCAAGGCGGUUCAAUGUGAGCGUGGAGGGAACCGAGGUGCUGCCUGCGUUUGCCAUCGGGCAACGCUUCCCUACUGUGGACCGCACCCGCGCAGCUGCUGCUGGGGCUGCUGGUGGUGGUGGUGGUUUCGGACGGGGUUUCGGUGGUAUCAGUGCUGCCGAGGUUGUUUCGACGGUCACGAACAGUGACCUUGUUAGCAUAGCCGGCAGCAGCAGUCCUGUUGCCGGAAGUGGCAGCAACACCAGCGCCAAUACCGGCGCCAACAUCAGCACCAGGCUUACCAACAAGCGCAGGAACAAUAGGAGCAUCAGCAGCAGCGCCAACAGCAGCGCCAACAGCACCAACAGCACCAACAGCACCAACAGCACCAACAGCAGCGCCAACAGCACCAGCAGCAGCGCCAACAGCACCAGCAGCAGCAGCAGCACCAACAGCACCAGCAGCAGCAGCAGCGGCGGGGCUGUGGAGGGCGAUGUGGUGAGGGGGCAUGUGGUGGAGGUGUAUGUGCCGGUGACAGACGGCUCUGUGGACGUGUUCUUCACAUCGGGGGACAUCGGUGACCCCAUCAUCUCCGCCAUCUCUGUGCUCGAGUGCCCAAAAGGAAUGUACAACCUCUCAGCACCGAACAGCACCACUGUGCUUGCCUCGCUCUACCACAUCGGGGCGGGACUGCCGCCCAACUCGUUCUUCCUGGACGCCAUUGGCCGCUCGUGGUUGCCUGACACGCCGUACCUUGCCGCCCCUUCGCCGGCCAACACAAUUAUCGUGGACAACACUCCUGGGGGUUACACCUCAGUUUUCUCAGUGGAGAACGCAGACAACCCCAACAUGCCGCCAGAUGCCGUGUUCACUAAAUGGCGCACAACUGUGAACGGGCACGAGACGGAGCCCUUGGCCAGGUUCAAGGCGCACACGCUGCAGUACGUCUUCCCCGUGCCGCCCUCCACGCCCCUCGCUGUCUUCCUCGGCUUCCAAGACGGGCUCUUUGACUUCCAGGGAGCGCGCUUUCUGCAAGUGUUUGUGGACGGCCAACUGGCUUUGAAGCCCUUUGAUGCCUUCGCUCCGCUCGCCACCUAUUUGGCCAAGGAGCUUUACGUCACCAGCAACACCUCUGGCUUCCUCACUAUCGAGAUUGCCAAUGCCAAUUACACCGGCUUCACAUGGGACGCGUUUGUGAAUUCAGUGGAGUUGUUUCACGUGCUGCAGUGGGAGGAGGGGCGGGAGGCAGCAUUCAAGACCACGCUGCAGGCGGCACAGCAGCAGGCAGAUCCAACUGUCGUCGUGCAGUCCGUCUGGCGGGGUAUCCUGCUGGGAGUGGUGUCAGCAGCCAUGGUGUUGGCUGUCGCCCUGGCAGUGCUGUUAGGCAUGAGAUGGCUCAAUGCGCGCAGAGCAGCAGCAGCAGCGGCUGAAGCAGAACAGGAGAAGCUCCUGGGCGCCCGACCCCGCAGCCGCUUCAACCGCCGAGCCAACGCCACAGGCUCGGUGUCGUACAUGGGCAGCAGCUUCGGCGGAGGGAUGAACGGCAACAGCGGAGGGGGCAGUGGCAGCGGUGGGGCAGGGAGCAUGGCGAUAUCCGCGUUUGGGGCGCACUGCUUCACGUGGGAGGAGAUGAGGGAGGCUACUAGCGACUUUGCACCUGCUAAUGUCAUCGGCAAGGGAGGGUUUGGACAGGUGAGAUCUCUUCUCCCUUUUUCUCUGCACUUCUCUCGUUCCUGGCCUUCUUUUUGGCCAAAUGUGAUCCACAGUGAGGGGGGUUCCGGCGGCUCGAAGAAUGCGAUGCAGCAACUGCCACUCUGCCUGAAAUUCCCACCCAAGAUUCCCGACCCGAUCCGGCUUCCGCAAUCCCCGUCGUCAUCGCACCAGCAGCGGGACUUUCCACUCCCAAUCAGCUGUGUUCCGCAGGCAGUUGGAGAGCGGGCAUAUGGUGGCGGUGAAGCGGAGUUUGUCACCGAGGUCGAGCUGCUCACGCGCCUGCACCACCGCCACCUCUCAUCCUUCCGUCCCCUCCCUCCUCCGAUUCCCUUCCUCUCCCUCCCUCUCCCACUCCCCACCCCCACCUCUCCCACUCCCCUCUCCCACUCCUCUCCCACUCCUCUCCCACUCCCCUCUCUCUCCUCCCUCUCCCACCACCCUCCCUCCCUGCAAACCAGGGCGAGAAGGAGUUUGUCACCGAGGUCGAGCUGCUCACGCGCCUGCACCACCGCCACCUCUCAUCCUUCCUUUCCCCUCCCUCCUCCCAUGCCCUUCCUCUCCCACCCUCUCCCACUCCCCACCCCCACCUCUCCCACUCCCCUCUCCCACUCCCCUCCCACUCCUCUCCCACUCACCUCCCUCCCUUCCCCCUCCCACUACCCUCUCUCCCUGCAAACCAGGUGUUCCGUGGGCAGUUGGAGAGCGGGCACAUGGUGGCGGUGCAAGCGGCUGGACGUGGGGUCGGACCAGGGCGAGAAGGAGUUUGUCACCGAGGUCGAGCUGCUCACGCGCCUGCACCACCGCCACCUCGUCUCCCUCAUCGGGUUCUGCGAGGAGGACGACCAGCGCCUCAUGCUGGUUUAUGAAUACGUGCCCAAUGGCACGCUGCGGCAUGCACUGCAUGAUGCUGACAAGGCUCGGGAAAUGACCUGGAACCUUCGCCUCAGGGUGGCGUUGGGAGCAGCCAGAGGAAUCGAGUACCUGCACCGAGGCGCCCUGCCACCUGUCAUCCACCGCGACAUCAAGACGACCAACAUACUGCUGGACUAUCAGAUGAACGCCAAGGUGGCGGACUUUGGGCUGUCCCGCCUGGCCCAGCAGGCUGUCAGCGGCACCCACCUGGACCUCAUUAGUACCAACGUCAAGGGCACCAUGGGCUACCUGGACCCAAACUACUACACGAAGCAGCAGCUGACGGAGAAGAGCGACGUGUACAGCUUCGGGGUCAUCCUGCUGGAGCUCAUCUCCGGCAAGGUCCCCAUCUGGAUGGAACCCCGCGCUCCCCCUGCUGCUGCCGCUGCCGCUGCUGCUGAUGCUGCUGGCGCUGCUGGUGAUGCUGGUGAUGGCGGUGCUACUCCUGGCGAAGGCAGUUCUGGUGAUGACAGUGCUGCUGGCGCUGCUGCUGGUGCUGCUGCUGGCGGCGAUGGUGGAGGAGGAGGAGGGGUGGAGGAGAGGCAGCUGCAUGACAUGGAUAGUGACGAUGAUGAUGAGGACGACGAUGAGGAUAGGCUCAUGAACCUGGUUGAAUGGGCAUCGCCGCGCAUAGAGGCGGGGCGGGUGGACGUGGUGGCAGCGAGGGAGCUGCAGGAGGCGUCAGAGGCGGUGCUGCAGUCCAUGCAGGCCGUGGGGGAGCUCGCCCUCGCUUGCCUUGAGAUGCAGGCGCGCAACCGCCCCACCAUGUCGCAAGUCGUCCGCCAGCUCGAAGAGAUCCAGCUGGCGCUUGCAGAAGAAGACGAAGACGCCGCCCAGAUGCUACCCAUCUCCACCGCCUCCCCGUCAGCAGUAGCAGCAGCCAACUUGGGGACCUCCCUCAUUGCAUCCGGCAUUCCCCCGCCGCUCCCUCUGCCCACGGUGGACGAGGAUGCUUCAGCGGACUUCUCCCACCCCAGUGCAGCCAGCAACAGCAAUGUGUCGGCUUCCAACCGUGCCUCGCCCCGCAUCUCCCCUCGCAGUCCCAGCAACGGGGUCGAUGGUGCUGGUUCUGGUAGCUUCACCUCCCCACGCGGCCCCCACAAGCCAGAAGGGAGUGCUGGUGCUGCUGCUGCUGGUGCUGGUUUUGGUGUUGGUGCAAUCAAGUCACCUCGUACUCUCAUCACCUCGCCUCGCUCCCCUGCCGCGCUCAAUCGAACCUCCUCCCUCCCCUCGCCUUCAUCUUCCCACCCCCCCGCCCUCUCCCCCAAAUCGGCACUCUCUCCCUCGUCCAAGCCUGCAGCCUGGGCCAAUCAGUGCUGGCCACGUGGCACAGGGAGCAGGCCCGGCAGCAGCAGCAGCAAGGGCAAGGAGAAGGGAGCUGGUGCUGCUGGGGAGAAUGGCAUGCAGGUGCAGGAGGGGGAGCGAAUGGAGGAAGUGGAGCUGGGGCAGGAGGGGGAGCAGGUGGAGAUUCAGAGCCCUAUAAUAGAGUCGGACCAGGCACCGCUCAAAUCGGCCAAGUACCUCUCCAGUGGCCCAUUGUUGUAG